ACGUAUUUCGUGUGCGGUUGUUAUUUGGUGCAGCCUGCAACCAUCAUAUUGGAUUUUGGAAUCAUUUUUAAAGUCGCAAGAGUGUUAUGCUUUUUGGCAAUAUGAAUGUUCCGGGCUGCUAAUCGUCGUGCGUAUUGAAACCUUUCAAGGAUAUCAACUUAAGUCAUACACGGUCUAAACGCUUCACGUCACCAGUGAUUGGAGUCCCUAUUUUGAAAGGUCAAUUUCGGUGACCAAUUUAUAUGCAAAUUUGCAACCCGAAUUGCGUAAUUGCUUGAAGUACCUAGCAUUUUUGAGAAUUCCUUUUCGACGGAGUAUAUUUCGGGGCAACGAAUCGUGAUAUCGAUUCCAGGGGACGAAAUGAGUAGCGAACAAACAUCCACAUCAGCUGCAUCAGCACAAGCGAUCAAUGGUUUCAGUUCCGCGACGAUGGCAGGUGUGUGUUACAUCAAAUGGAGCAUUACAGAGAUCCACGGAAGAAAUCGAAAUUUCAAUGCCAUGGGGCAUCGUAGCUGGUAAAUGGUGGGGCUCGCGUCUAAAGCAACCGGUUCUAGCCCUACACGGCUGGCAGGACAACGCCGGAACGUUCGACCGUCUCUGCCCACUGCUGCCGGACGAAAUUCCCAUCCUGGCAAUCGAUCUUCCCGGUCACGGUAAAUCUGCUCACUAUCCCAAGGGAAUGCACUACUACAUCUUUUGGGACGGAAUCGCGCUGAUCCGACGGAUCGUGAAAUACUUUGGCUGGGACAAGGUCACCCUACUGGGGCAUUCGCUGGGCGGUGCGUUGAGUUUUAUGUAUGCAGCGGCAUUUCCCGACGAGGUCGAAGGAUUUAUCAGUAUUGACAUUGCCGGGCCACCGGCACGAGACCACCACAAGCAGGCGGCCAAUCUGGGUGACAGUAUUGAUAGGUUCCUGCGCUACGAAUCGCUUCCGGAAUCGAAAACACCUUGCUACGGGUACGAUGAUGCGAUCGACGUGGUGCUAGCGGCGUACGAUGGUUCAGUGGAUCUGCAAUCAGUGGAGGUGCUCAUGCGACGGGGAAUGGCUCCAGCCGCGGGACGUUUCAACAAGGAAGGAUUCUAUUUUGCCAGAGAUUUGCGACUGAAGGUGUCUCUGAUGGGGAUGCUUUCGCUACCACAAGUUAUUGCCCACGCUGAGAAGAUCAAAUGUAAGGUGCUCAACAUAAGGGCCGUUCCGGGGAUGCACUUUGACAACGCCGAGUACUACCCCAGUGUGAUAGAUGCUAUGAAAAAGUCUUCUCGUAAUGUAAUAUACCAUGAAAUUGCCGGGACACACCACAUCCAUUUGGUGAACCCGGAACGAAUAUCUCAACAAGUGACGGAUUUCUUACUGGAUAGAGAUUAGUGUAAAUUGUGCACCACAUAAAAUAAUAAACCAAAAUAGGAUAGAUAUUUGUUGUACACGGUGCUGCUCCGUUGAUCGGGUUUACCCGGAAAAGGUACAAACUAUUCAAAGAAUUUCCUUGAUAACUUAGCAAAUGAAUUAUUUAUAAGCAAGCGUAGACUAUUCCAAUUUUAAAUGCGGUGAUGAGCAAUAAACAUCUUUCAACGUG